UUAACUUAUUUAUUAAACUUAUUUACGACAUCAUACAUGUUAUAGAAUUCUCCUUACCGUGUCAGUUAUGACGAAAAAUGUUUUAUUUACAGGAUUAGUUACAAUUUUAGCUGUAACUUUAAAUGUUCAUUGACGUUUUGGGAUUUAUUGGACACAGACAGACAUACAAACAGACAAACAAAAUAUGAAUUAUAAAUAUAUUGAUAAGGGUAAGGAUUUCUUUUUGUGAACUAUCUCCAGAACAAUGAAAUACGUUCACAGAAAUCAUCCCACACUAACAGAGAACUUGUUUCUACUAUAGCUAAUAAUACAACUAUACAUUUACGCUCAGACUUGUCAUUCCACUGGUCCUGAUCUAUCUUUGAAUCUAUCAUUUGUCCUAUUGUUUUCAAUAUUUAUUAUUAUUUAUACACAUUCUUAACAUCUAGUAAUAUCAACUUCUAUUGAUUGGGUAGAAAAUGUCAAAAUCAGUUUGUUGUCAAUGACAUUUUUAAAAAUUAAACUGAAGAAAAGGUUCAUUUUUAGUUAUAGAAACAAACGUUUUUUAAUAGUCUUAUGAAUUUAAAUUUAAAUUUAAUAAAAUGCACAACUAGGUUAUUUUAUGACGAUACGGCCUCGACCGGGGAUCGAUUUUGGAGGCAGUGUGGAGGACGGAGCACACAAUACAACAAACUCUUCAUAGAAUCCAGAGAAACCAAACUUAGAUGAAAAUGGUUGGAGGAGAUAGAAAGGACAGACAUUCAAACCUAAGAAAGUUUCACUACGGUUUGGUGAGUGUAAGUGAUGGAAAGAGUAGACCUCUGCCAAGUAGAUUAAAGUUAUGCAGUGAUUACCUGGUUCUACAGAGGGAGGAGUUCCAUAUUUGGGACGAUGAGACGAGCUAUCCUGUUGAAUCCGGGCUCAGGGAAAUUGUUCUACAGAGAUCUAAAGAUGGAAACCUCGGGAUAUCUAUUAAAGGAGGAUUAGAGCACAAUCUACCAAUCCUUAUAUCUAGAGUUUCAAGCACAGAAGAAUCAGCCAGAGAUAUAUAUAUCGGGGAUGCUAUUGUAAAAGUUAAUGAGACUAGUCUCUCUAAUAUGACUCAUCAGGAUGCUCUUACAAUUCUCCAGGAUGCAGGAAAUACUGUUAGAUUAACACUCAAACAUUACAAAGCAACAACUCCCUUUCUUCUUAAGCAGUUUGGAAGGUUUAUACCGGAGUACGAUGAGUCCAACCCGAUCUGCCUGGAACAGGAUCUACCUGGAGCUUCAGCUGGAGGACACCAUUCUCAGAUUCCUGAGUCCCCUUGUUCUGUGAGUUCGGAUAGCUCUGGAACCUGGAUUGGAAUCUCAAGAGUAAAGAAGAACUGGACGGACGUUGUAAAAGUCCCUCUGCUAAUGGCAUACACAACAAGAUAUAUUUUCGGAACAGACAAACUACGUCCGAGUUCUUUCGAAGUUCGUGGGAUGGAUGGAUCUAGUACAGGAGUUGUUCACAAUACAGAUCCAUCUUUACUGACUCAAUGGUUGAAACUGAUUGGUGAUUAUAUCUCUCUUCUCAACUCCUAUCAGGCAACAAAACUAAAUCGGAGUUUCCCAGUAGAAAAUCAGAUCUCCUAUAUGACCUGGGUAGCGGAGGGAAUACUUUCAAAAGACCAAGCGUGGCAAAAUUGGAAACCAAGGUUUUUAGUUCUGAAAGGUUCCGAGAUAUUUGUAUUUGAGAAAGGACCUCUAACACCUGAAGAAUGGUCGCAAGGACCUCCACCCAUAAAGUACAAGGUGUUUGAGGCAAUGUUCCGUGUGAUAAAGGAGAGUGAGUAUGUUGAUGAGAGGCAACACUGUUUUCUUAUUCAAACAUUUGGACAACAAUCCCACUAUCUUAGUGUAGAAACCAGACAGGAAUUACUUCGACUAGAAUCGGCCUGGCAUAGAGCAGUUUGUCUAGCAAUUUCUCAACUUGGAGCUAAAACCUUUCAUGUUGUUUAUAAAAACAAACCCUCAGCUCUUUCCUUGGAUUGGGAAGAAGGUUUUGUUUUGAAAGGAUUUCAUUCAGCUACUCCUGAAUGGAGUUUUCAGUUCUCACAACUGAAGGGAUCUUCAGACGACGGGAAUGCUACCUUAAAACUUCAUUUUCACCGUCAAAUGUCUAAGGAUGCGGUAACUGAGGAGGUUAUUUGUCCAAAACUCCAGGAAUUACUUUUCUUUAUGCAUUCUUUUCUUACUGCAAAGGUUGCUUCUUUGGACCCUGCCUUUCUUCCAAACCGUCACUAAGUACAUACCACCAUUCCUAUAUUCGGCUCCAUUGUUAUCUUACUCCUCUAUUUGCUAUGGAUUUUUUAAAUUUUAGAUUUUUAGUUUUGCUAUAUUAUACACAAGAUAUUGUUGAUCAACUAAUGAUAAUUUAUAGAAAUUGCUUUAAU